CAGCUUCCACAAGAAAAGUCCCGCCCAAAGGUUUCUGGAGCUGAGGGACCUCGAGGGAGGUGGGUGCCAUGGCGUGCACCAACUGCAGGCUUUGGCCAACAGCCACCAAGCAUCGCUUCCCUCUGGACUGCUCUGGUGUCACUGGGACUUCUUCAGGCUGGUCCCACCACUGCCAGAACCCUUCUCCCAAGGACCAGCAUCUCCACUGGACUGGGACCAUGAGCACCUUGCCCUGCUUGAGGCAGCUCAGCUCCACGGGGUGAUGAUCCACUGCUCUGGCUGGUUGUCGUUGUGCCAAAAUUCUAUUGGCACAGGAGCCUUAAAUCAGGAUUUGGCCGUCACACAAGCGGUGCCCGAUGCUGGAGGACUCCGAGACUGAUGCAAAUGAAAACCUUCUCGCCUUACUCUGGGAAGGAGAGAGCAGGGAGGAAGAGCAGAGGAAGACAACGCUUCCCCUCCAGCUCCUGAGCCGAGACCUCAACCCGCAUCCUUAGGAAUGGAUGACAUGGGGCUGGGGGUUGCUCCUGUGGUCUUGGGGAUGGUGCUAUGGGGUGGGCACGAGGCAGAGCUGGCACUGAGUCCCCACGUGCAGCCUGACUCCUCUUCCCACCUGCCCCUGCUCGUUGAUGCAGGAUGUGGUGGAUCACCCAGACUUCAAGCAUGCGGGAUGGGCUGCGGAGCGAGGGAGAUGGUGUUGGGCACCUUGGGGAAGGCGACGCUAUUGCAGAUCCCUCUGGAACUCCAGAACCUCACCCUGAGCUUCGGGGAGGCCCUCUGGAAACGGGACACAGAGGACCCACAGAGGAAGCGGGUCCUGCUUAAAUACUCGAACGGCAACUACACCAACUACAUGGAGAGACGAACUCGCUUCCACAUGGUCAACUUCUCCCUGGAGAUCCUGAACACCAGCCGGGAGGACAGUCAACUCCACGAGUACAUAGUCAACAAGGGGUCGGAGGAGAAAGUCUGGCAGAUCCAGCUGCAGGUGUAUGAACCAGUGUCCAACCCCAGCAUCCAGGUCGUCAACCGGGAACUGACCAACAGCAGCUGCACCGUCACCCUCAACUGCACGGCGGAGCGAGGGGACAACAUCUCCUACAGCUGGGAUGGUGGGGACACCAUCGCCUCUGGGCUCUGCUCCCACAACGGCAGCGUCCUCCACCUCUCCUACCCUCUGCAGGACGCCAGCAUCUCCUGCUUCUGCACGGCCAGCAACCCCGUCAGCCAUCACCUGAAGGUCAUCACCUUCAACUCCUCCAAGUGCAGCGACGAGCAAGGGGACAGCGCCGGGGUGAAGACGGGGCAUCUCGUGCUGAUGGUGGUGGUACCUAUCAUCGCAGUGGUGAUGCUCACUGGGGUCUUCGUGGUCACCCACUUGUCCGUUUCCAGCGCUGUCCAGGAGCAGCAGCAGCCACCACUGGCCGAGGACAACACGGUACACACCAUCUACUCCCAGGUGCAGCGGGUGGAGAAGCAGAAAGGGCUCCCCGUCACCGAGCACCCCUCCUGCACCACCAUCUACGCUGCAGCCACCGGCUUGCCCCCGGACACGGCCCCGUCCCCCCGCAGAGCCCCCCGUCAUCCUCACAGCCCCCAGACACAGCCCCCCGCCCAUCAGGGCCACUUGUCCCUCUCACAGAGCCCCGACAAGGAGCCCACGACGGUUUAUGCCAGCGUGAUGAUGCCCGUGGCCUGAGCAUCUCCAGGCAGGGGGGACCCCCUCUGUUUGCUAGGCACCCACAUUGACAUUCCCAGCUGGAGAAAACCCCACUCAUCCCUGGGGAAUGGGGGCAAAACCCUCCGGCGUGGGCUGACCCCCACCCACAGCUCAACCGGGGAUGCUCCGAAGGCUGCGGAGGCUGCUCCGAAGGCAGGGAUGAGGCAAAGCAGGAAUCUCCCCGGAGUAUGGCUGAGGGCGGCUGGGAAGAUGCUGAAGGACCAGGAGAGGAUGGAGGGGCUAUGGAUAC